GAAUCCAAAACCGUGGUUUCGAAAGGGGCCAUAGAUUUCUGCCGGUCAAAGUGUGCCGAGUUAUCAACCUCGACUACUGAACUAGAGAAUGAACUAAUAUGGCACUUGUUUAAAGACGGGGUCGAUCCAGAUUUUAACUACAGCAAGAGAAUGUGGCUUGGGUGUAACAACACCAACGGAGCAUGGGUGUGUCUGGGUCAUACACCCGGGAUGAAAUACCGCAAUUGGUUGGAUGGUGUUGAACCCUCUACUGAAAAUGCGUGCACGGUAAUGAGGCACACGGACGGGACAUGGGAAGGGCCGCAAUGCGAUGUAAAAUACCCCAAAUUCACACUCUGCAAGACACCGGCUACUGCUGGACCAAUCUCACCCAUAACUCUUAGAUGUACCUCGAUGCCUAAACCUAGCGGACUCUGCCCCGACCCGAUCCACACCGUGAAAGUAACGAGCCCAAUGCAGUGUUGCCUGGCGUGCGCAAAGGAGUGUAGCUGCCGUUCUUUCAGCCUAACUCACUCACUUGACUGCCAGAUGAACCCGGGUAAGAUCAACGGUGCGAUUACUACCUGGAGAAAUCAGACGUCGUGUGAAUACUACGAGUAUGAGAUGUGAGGUUAAUUCAUCAGUUGAAAACAUGACUUUAAUUGAAACUAUUGCCGAAUAACUGUAUGUAUAUAAAGACAGUGAGAGUAAACAUAUUGCGAUCGUGGCAUUCCGAGCAUGUUACUGCACUUGAUUGGGAGGCGUUUGGUCGGUCAUUUUUGAAAGUUCUUUUCAGUAUGCGCGUGCUCAGAUGAUCUACACGUGCAAUACUGAGAAUGUGCCGAAAAAAGACAGUUAUCAUCAUUUACUGCAAUUGUUAUAUUAAACUGCGAGUAUGAUGUCUUUUAUCAAAACACUCGACUUCAAGGUUUCUUUUUAUGUGAUGGAAACAUUUUAAUGAAUCUGCUACAUCGUCCGUCUCUAACGAACACUUGAAGACGACUUAAAAGGAGAGUUUGUAUCCGAUAAAAGUACUCCAAAAGAUUCUGGCCAUUAAAAUUUACUAGGUAAAGAGCAUUGGAGAGCUGGUGAUAGUAUAAAAUACACCAUUCGAAAUUACCCUCGUUAACGUCGUGAACUAACACGAUACGCCAUUUUGUGGAGUCAAAUUUUAGACUCCACGAAAAGG